AUGGGUGACUACUCGAAAGCACUUGAAUUUUACGAAAAAUCACAUCAAAUCCUCGAAAAAGCUCUGCCUCCGAAUCAUCCCAAUUUGGCUACUUUAUACAACAACAUCGGUAAAAUGUAUAACGAUAUGGGUGACUACUCGAAAGGACUUGAAUUUUACGGAAAAGCACUUAAAAUCUGCGAAAAAGCUCUGCCUCCGAAUCAUCCCUUAUUGGCUACUUCCUACAACAACAUCGGCGCGGCGUAUAACAACAUGGGUGACUAUUCGAAAGCACUUGAAUAUUCUAAAAAGAGCUUAGAAAUCAAAAAGCAAGUUCUGCCUGCGAAUCAUCCCAAUUUGGCUUUUCCAUAUAAAUGGUUCGGAAAGAUUUAUCGCAGUAUGAAAGAUUACCCUAAAGCACUUGAGAAUUUCGAAAAAUGUCUCUCAAUACGUGAAACAACCUUAUCUGACAAUCAUCCAGAUCGAGCUACUACAUAUAGUGAUAUUGGUGAUGUUCAUAGAUUAAUGGGUAAUUAUGAAAAGGCACUUUCAUUUCAUAGAAAAGCAUUAAAUAUUCAAGCAGAUGUUCAAUGUAAUCCUCUGGAAUGUGCAACGACAUAUAUAAAUUUAGGUGAAACUUAUCGUGAAAUGAAAGAUUAUCCAACAGCACUGUCAUAUUUUCAAAAAGGAUUAGAAAUACGUCAGAAUAAACUACCAAAAAGUCAUCCUGAUUUAGCUGUAAUUUAUCAUAAUAUGGGAAAAUUAUAUUUAUCUACUCGACAAUAUAAUAUGGCAAUGAAAAAUGUUCAACAAGCGAUAGAAAUAGCUCAAGAAACAUUAUCUUCAACUCAUCCUCAUCUUUCGGAAUAUAAAGAAACAUUUGAAAAAAUUCGAAAGAAAAUGUAA